AUGGUACUGGAGAUGAAACGCAAUGAACGCAGGGGCAGAAUGUCCUGUUUCGUUGAGCCUCUCCGCCGAACAUGGCAACACGAGCGAGUGGUGGCGAAAGUUUCCAGCAAUCUACCGCCCCUGACGAAGUAUGAGGUAGAAGAUGACAUCCAGGAGGAGAACGACGACGACGGCGGCACCGGUGCGGAUGGUGGCGGAGGCGGCGGCGGCAGCAGCGACGGCCAGGAACAACACAACCAUCUGCUCACCCACGAGGUGAUCAAGGGCCCCGUCCUCGUCGAGGAGCCACAGGACAUCGUCGUCUCGAAAGGACAUCCCGGUCGUCUGCAAUGUCAAGCAACUCAUGCGCUGUCAGUUCACUUUCGCUGCAACGGUCACAGUUUGCCGUCGAAAACCGUUGAUUUUGUCGAUCCCAUGAGCGGUGUCCGGAACAUCGAAGCCGUUGCCGACGUCCAUGCCCAUCGCCUCCAGAAAGAAACAGGACAUGUCAUGCACUGCAGCUGCCAGGCCUGGAGCAGUAUUGGCAGGGUGCAGAGCCGAAUCGCCACGGUUGCCUUAGCACCUCCCAGCCAUCCGUCAGGACCUUCGACGUCUCACAGACGUCUCGUACCGAUUGGGGAAAAAGUCGUGCUUGAAUGCCUUCCAUCGUCGGCUGAAAGAGCCGACGAUCGGGGACUCUUUUGGCUACACAAUGGGAAAGCUAUAAUGCUAGACGACAACAUCGAUUUAGACCAAGAAACCGGGACUCUAGUCAUUCUCAAAGUUACGCUCGAAAACGAAGGGAACUACACGUGUGGAGUCAAAACGCCGAAAGGAGAAACCCGACUCGGAGAAACAGCGACCAUCUCCGUCCAAGCUAACGGCGGAUGGUCGCCAUGGGGCCAGUGGAGCGAAUGUUCAGCACGCUGUGGGCGAGGUUCUCGCUCCCGUACUCGAUCCUGCACAAAUCCCCCGCCUCGGAACGGGGGCCAGGAUUGUCUCGGAGAUUAUUCGGAGAAAUCCGACUGUCACUCGAGCAGCAACUGUGGAAAUACAGGUAGUGGUAUGGGAGCUCCUGCCGACGGAAGGUGGAGUCCCUGGAGUGACUGGAGCGGAUGUGGACAAGACUGCAAACAGCAUCGGAAACGUUGGUGCGUCGGCCAUUCAUCUGCGUCCCGAGGCAGCAGACCCUGUUCCGGGAAAGAUCAGAUGUCAGCCAACUGCACUGGCGGUCUAUGCUCUUUGGUAGCGCACUCCCCACAUCUGAUUAACCAGCAGAAUGCCGGCGUUGCUCUCAAUCACGACAUCAACAACAAUAAUUACUACGCGGAUCAAAAUCCUUCGCUAGCACACGAUCAAGGAUUCAUCGCAGCAAAUUUAGGCGGGAUCCAGGCGAUAGCAUUAGUGAUCGGGAUGGCUCUCGCCGCCAUCAUCCUCGGCUUCACUUUCCUGAUAGCUCUCCGUUUUUGGCCAACACGCGAUCCGAGCAAGAGGCAUCAGCCCCUCUACAGCACAGUGCCAGUGACAGGCGUGAUUCCUAUACCUCCGGACCUCACUCAAAGUUUGAACAGGGCUCCCGGCUUACAAGAGUUCCUCAGCGAGCAGAAGCUCGAGCCCGGCAUAAGCAUGCCGCUACUGCAACAAUUGUACGCGCCAGCCAGCCUCAUGCCGGCCAGUCCGCAUCAAUACAGGAACAACACGAUGCAAGUGACACAUCAGCAUCAGCCGCAACAGCAGCAGCAGAGGUCGCGAACCCCGAGCUCGACCGGCAAACCAAGAAGCGAUUCCCCGGUGAGCGGUAGACACUCAGAGAACGGCAACGCCUCGGAAUACGAUAUUUACGACACGAUAUCCAUGACUGCACGGGCCUCGGUUACUUCGGUGACGAUCGGACCCACUCUCAACGUGGAAAGUGAUUUCGUUUCUUGGGCAUCUAUAGGCCCACAGGGCGGACGGAUAAACUUGCCGCACCUCGGAGUGUCCAUGACCAUUCCCCCGGGUGCCAUAAAGAAAGGGAAGUAUGAGAUGUUCGUUGCGGUCCUCAAAGAGGACAGGGACAGGCCAGGUCUAUCCGAAGAGCAGACCGUACUCAGUGCGGUUGUGCAAUGUGGCCCGAGCAACGUGCCCCUCUGCAGGCCAGUGAUUUUAAGUUUCGAGCAUUGCGCACAGAUGCCGGCUGACAAAUGGUCGAUUUCGGUGUUACUCGGCGAAAUAAGCACCAACAACUCGAGUCAGACGUCAACAGACGAAGAAUACCUCUCGUGGAAGAAGGUUGUCACGCUCGGCCACGAGAACCUGAACACCCCGUUGUAUUGCCAAAUGGAUGCGCGGCUGUGUCAUUUGCAAACGGAUCGUUUGGCCCGUUACGUGAUGUGCGGCGAAUCGCAGAGCAAGUGCUUCGCGACGAAGUCCCUCGCCCUGCUGACGUUUCUUUCGCGGCACUCGUUGAGUCUUUCCCAGAGCGAAUACUCGAUCCGAAUUUAUUGCGUCGAGGACAUCAAGGCCGCCCAUCAAGCUGUCAUGGCCGCGGAAGAUGGGACCAUGCUAGACAACAUUAAACAGAUCUACCUCCACGACGGAGGUGCCAACCUGUGCCUGACCCUCGACGAACUCUCAAAGGGAUGGAAUUUCAAACCUGGCGCCAACUAUCAGGAAAUUCCCUUCACUCACGUCUGGUCGUCUCGGUCGUCUCUGCUCCACUGCUCGUUCACGCUGAUCUCUUCGUCGAACAAUGGUCGCGACCCGAAGUUCCCGCUCGAAAGCAAAGUAACGAUUUACCAGAGAGGCAAUCAGUCACAUAGGCAAGUACUCAUUUUGGAGCACCACUUCAGCAUGGAGGGUGGUGGCGGUGGCAGCAGCAACUCGACGCCCGCAUCUCCAAUCUAUCGGAAUAUUUGUGAAAUGUCGACUGGCAAUCUCAUGAUGACCAAGAGCCUCGAUCAACGGAAAGGGGGCAUCGCAUUGACGGUCAUUCCGAUCGAAGGCUUCCGAAUCAAUGCCGAAGCCAGAAACAAGCUCUGCGCUCUUCUCGAUCCCCCACAUCGGAGCGGCGUGGACUGGCGAACCCUCGCAGUACAACUUGGCAUGGACAGGUAUACAAAUUACUUUGCUACAAAACCGAGCCCCACCAACUUCCUAUUGGAUCUCUGGGAAGCUCGACACAGGGAACCGACGGCACAGGCAAAUCUCAUCAACGUGCUCAGGACCCUGGGCAGACCCGACGUCACCCAGGCCUGUGAGAUUCUUUUUGGCUCUUGGGUGUAA